AUGGCUCCACCAAAAUAUGCUGAUCUUAACAAACAAGUAUCAGAUAUAUUUAAUAAAGGCUUUUUUUUUAAUUUAUUUAAACUUGAUGUUAAAACACGUUCGGCCAAUGGAGUUAAUUUUAAUAUAAUUGGUGAACAUAAUACUGAAACAGCACGAACAUUUGGUAGUCUUGAAACUAAAUAUGUAGUUCCAACAUAUGGUUUAACAUUUUUGGAAAAAUGGAAUACAGAUAAUUUACUUAAAUGUGAAAUAACAGCUGAUGAUCAAUUAGCACAAGGUUUUAAAGUUGUUUUUGAUGCUAGUCUUGUUCCACAUACAGGAAAAAAAACAGCUGAACUUCGUACAACUUAUGUACAUGAUAAAGCACAAAUUGAAACAAAUAUUGGUUCGGAUGCUGCUGGUCCUAUACUUAAUGGUGCUAUUGUUUUGGGUUAUCAAGGUUGGUUAGCUGGAUAUCAAUAUGUUUAUAGUACAACGAAAGCUGGAUUAACAAAAAGUAAUUUUGCUCUUGGUUAUAAAGCAAAAGAUUUUACAUUAUUUGCUAAUUUAUGA